UGUAGAUUGGGGAUAAAGAACGUUAAGGGAAUGCUUCUUUUUGGACCUCCUGGUACAGGAAAAACCCUUAUGGCACGGCAAAUCGGAAAGAUGCUGAAUGGAAAGGAUCCAAAGAUCGUUAAUGGUCCUGAGGUGCUGAGCAAGUUUGUUGGUGAGACAGAAAAGAAUGUAAGAGACUUAUUUGCUGAUGCUGAGCAAGACCAGAGGACCCUUGGUGAUGCGAGUGAGUUACACGUCAUUAUAUUUGAUGAAAUCGAUGCUAUUUGUAAGUCAAGAGGCUCGACCAGAGAUGGCACAGGUGUCCAUGAUAGUAUUGUGAACCAGCUUUUGACAAAGAUAGAUGGUGUGGAGGCCUUGAACAAUGUUUUGCUUAUUGGAAUGACAAACAGAAAGGAUUUGCUUGAUGAAGCUCUUUUAAGGCCGGGAAGAUUGGAGGUUCAAGUUGAGAUAAGCCUUCCUGAUGAAGCUGGACGUUUCCAAAUUCUUCAGAUUCACACAAACAAGAUGAAGGAAAUUUCUUUCCUUGGUCAUGAUUUCAAUCUCCAAGAGCUUGCUGCUCGAACAAAAAAUUACAGUGGGACGGAGCUUGAAGGUGUUGUUAAAAGUGCUACAUCAUAUGCGUUAAACAGACAGUUAAGCAUGGAUGAUCUUACAAAGCCAGUGGAAGAAAAGAAUAUUAAGAUCACGAUGGAGGAUUUUCUCCAUGCAAUCCAUGAAGUUCAGCCUGCCUUUGGAGCCUCUACAGAUGACCUGGUGCGGCAGGUAAUUUUCUGUCAUAAAUGUUUGGUGGUCUUGACGAUUUUGGAUCCUUCUUGAUAGAAUGCCCCUUUG